AAUGGCCGACUUCUGUUAUCUCGUUUUUCGGUCAUCUAUUGUAAGCACCAGUCUUCCUCCUACCUCGCCCUCCUGACGGCAGCGGUCCGCCAUGACACGUCCAGACAACACAAACAAAGUGGUUCUGGCUUUUGUGGUCACCUUCGCCACAGCCAUCUUGCUGUGUGAUGCACAAGAAGAAGAACCUUUCUCGUUCCUGCUACAAAGCUGUCUGUACCUCGCACACUACGUGAGAGACAACUACGUCGUACUGGAGCCCUACGACGACACGUCGCCGCCAUCGCCAGGUGACGUCAAUUGGGCCACGUGGACCAAACAUGGCGGCCGAGGCCCGCUACCUGCCGCCGCAGCUGACACAAGGACUCAUCGCCUGCGGCAAGCAGUACGCCUUCUACGCACUGCGAGCUCCGGCUUGGCUGGUGAACCACUACAACCUGACGGCCUCCGACAUCAUCGGCUGACCACCUGUCGACACAACUGAUUGCUUCUAAAACUUUUCAGUCGUCAGGUCUUGUGAGAUAUUCAAAGCAAGCAGUCAACCAAAAAAUAAAUAAAUAACAAAUAAAAUCACAAAAUAAACAAAAAAAGUCAACAAACAAAAACAACUGAUAAAAGUUAAGUAUGCAAGCAAAAGAACACGCGUUGUCAUUCGUUGUUUGAAUUUUAUGGCAGGAAGAGCCGCAAAGUUGUAAGAAGUAGACUUUCAUUGUCUUCUAAAAAAAAAAAAAAAACAUUGUCAAGAGAUGUGGCACGGUGCUCUCCUCUUGUAUCGAUCUUCUGAUUUCCCAAUAAAAAUAUUCUUUAUGCCAGG